AUGCCGGCCCCAAAGACGGAAACUGAGGUUAGAGGAUUUCUAGGAAGAUUGCAAUAUAUCAGCAGAUUUAUAGCCAAAUUAACAACCGUGUGUGGUCCAAUUUUCAAAUUGCUAAGAAAGAAUCAGCCAAUGAUAUGGACAAAACAGUGUCAAGAAGCAUUCGACAAGAUCAAAGACUAUUUGUCUAAUCCUCCGAUCCUAAAGCCUCCCAAAUCACGAAAACCUUUGACGUUGUAUCUUUCUAUAGAGGAUCAAGCAAUGGGAGCUAUGCUAGCACAAGAAGACGUGGGAUAUGUGGAGCAUGCCGUAUACUAUCUCAGAAAGCUUGGGAGGUGGUUACUUCUACUGUCGGAAUUUGAUAUACAAUACAUACCCAAGAAGGUAAUUAAGGGGAGAGCUGUGGCUGACUUCCUAGCGCAAAAUCCAGUAGAUGAUAGUGAAGUAAUUGACUUUUCCUUCCGAGAUGAAGACAUUAGACUAAUAGAUAUUGGAAAGUGGAAAAUGUACUUCGAUGGUGCUGCAAAUAAAAGUGGAGCUGGUAUUGGCGUCAUUUUGGUUUCCCCAGAAGGUGAAUGGAUGCCAUUAUCCAAAAGGCUAUUUUGGGCCACCAACAACAUGUCUGAAUACGAAGCUUGUAUUUUUGGAUUGGAAUCAUUGAUAUCAAUAGGAAUCAAACAUGCAGAAAUUUUUGGAGAUUCCAGUCUAGUAAUAAAACAAGUGAGAAAGGAGUGGGAAAUAAAAGAAGAAAAAUUAAAACCCUAUCUCCAAUAUACUGAAGUUCUCAAGACACAUUUUGAUGUAGCUGAAUUCAAAUAUAUCCCUAGGGAAGAAAACCAGAUAGCUGAUGCUUUAGCUGGAUUAGCUUCAGUAUGGGACGAUCCUGGAAGAUUGUUUGUCAAGCCACUAGUAAUGGUAAGGAGUAAGGUUCCAUGCUUUCAAGCUGCACGAAUAUUAGACAUCACGCAAGAUGAAAAGCCUUGGUUUCAUGAUAUUUUGAGGUUCAUGCAAGAUAAACAUUAUCCAGUAGAUGCUACCACAAAGGAUAGAAAUUUGAUUCAGAAAUUGGCUCAACAAUUUUUCUUAUUACAUGGAAAACUAUAUAAACGUCAUCAUGACUUACACCUGUUGUGCAUAGAUGAAGAAAAAGCCAAACAACUUAUGGAGGAAGUUCAUUCGGGUGUUUGUGGACCUCAUUUGAAUGGUAAGGAAUUAUCUCGUAAAAUCAUGCGAUAA